AUGAAGCUGGGUCAUGACAUAGGAGCUGGUUCCACGUACGAUAUAUCUACUUUUGGGUACUCUGAGGUUUUCUUACCAAAGCUGUUUGUACACACACUUUCCUUUUUGGGUUUCAUCAGAAACCUCAUUAUGUGUCUUUUUACCUAUCUGGGUCUCUCAGAUUUUAUUGAAACUGACAAUAUCUGGCCCGAUAAUCCGACCUCAAUGUCCUGCUACCCGUCUCUAUCAGCUGCCCUGAUCCGGGAAAUCUUGCCUGUCAUCAAGUUCGAGGAAUUGGUCGCCGGAGAUGGUGGUUGCUGUGACUUGCCGGAGAGCUGUGCUGUUUGUUUGUAUGAGUUUGAAGGAGAGGAUGAGAUCAGGUGGUUGAAGAACUGUAAGCACAUUUUUCACAGGUGUUGUUUGGACCGUUGGAUGGAUCACGAUAGGAACACUUGUCCGCUCUGCAGGACUUCGUUCGUGCCUGAUGAGAUGCAGGAAGAGUUUAAUCAACGGUUAUGGGCUGCUAAUAAUGAUGUUGGUGAUUUUUACAGCGAGUAG